CUUUGCGGCUCCUUCCUGCCCACCCGUCAGUGCGCCCGCCCGCUCAGUUGUCAUGGCGGCUUCUGUACUGAGUUUUGCUCGGAACCUGUGCUGGCGGCGUAUCUGCGAGAUAAGAUCUGUGUAAGAGUGUGGGGAGCAGCAGCAUAGCUUUACCUGUGCAUCUGUCCACUGGUUCACACUGAAGGGAGAAAUCAACCAACUCCAGAUGCUAACCUGCUGUUAACUGACUGCUGACCUGCUGCAGCCUGCUUGACUGGCAUUGCUACUGACCUACCAUUGCGGUGCGUGCUAGCAGGCACUGCUGCCAUUAAAAAGAAAACCUUUAUUGAGAAAAGGCCAGUGCAACCUGUUUGCAUUCCAUCUGUUCACCUGCACAUGACUGCGGCCACCAUGCAAGUCAGCCAAAAAGACUUUGAGAAGGCUCAAGAGCAACUGAAACUUUUGAAAAAUGAUCCUGGGAAUGAAACGAAACUGAAGCUCUAUGCUUUGUUUAAACAGGCUACUGAGGGUCCCUGCAAUUCUCCAAAGCCGGGUAUGCUGGACUUUGUCAAGAAAGCCAAAUGGGAUGCGUGGAAUUCACUUGGCAGUUUGUCUCAGGAUAAUGCUAGACAAGAAUAUACUAAACUUGUCUCAAGUUUGAUCUCUGCAGAAUCUGCUGGCGAGAAAAAAGAUUCUUCUUCAAAAGAGAGCAGGCAUGGUGGCUAUGAAACCCUAAUAGUUACCACUGAUAACAAUAUCACAAAGAUAAUGUUUAACCGACCUGACAAGAAAAAUGCUAUCAAUCAUAAGAUGUACAGAGAAAUUAUCAGUGCACUUCGAGAAGCUGCCAAAGAUGAUUCUACCAUAGCAGUUGUUACUGGAAAUGGAGAGUACUAUACAAGUGGAAAUGAUCUGAAUAAUUUUUCUAAUGUCCAACCUAGUGGAAUGAAAAAGAUGGCAGAAGAUGGAGCAGAAUUACUCAAGGAGUUUGUGGGCAGUUUUAUUGAGUUCCCUAAACCACUGAUUGCGGUGGUGAAUGGCCCAGCCAUUGGAAUCUCUGUAACACUCCUUGGAUUGUUUGACAUUGUCUACGCUUCUGACAAGGCUACAUUUCAUACCCCAUUCAGCCAACUUGGUCAAAGUCCAGAAGGAUGUUCCUCCUACCUGUUUCCAAAAAUCAUGGGCUCAGCCAAGGCAAAUGAGAUGUUGCUUUUCAAUAAAAAGCUGACUGCAGCAGAAGCCUGUGCUGUGGGACUUGUGAAUGAAGUUUUCCCCGACAGCACCUUCCAGAAGGAAGUUUGGGCAAGGUUAAAAGCUUAUGCAAGUCUCCCCAAAAAUUCUUUGGCAGUGUCAAAGCAACUGCUACGAAAUAUAGAAAAGGAGAAGCUCCAUGCUGUCAACAGUCAAGAGUGUGAAGUACUCAUAGAGAGGUGGUUAUCUGAUGAAUGCCUGAAUGCUCUUGCCACCUUCUUUCAGAGGAAAUCAAAACUGUAAUCUUUACCAGCAGAGCACUUAAUGUUCUGGAAACAGCAAUUCACCUUCUGGCAAUAGUCUUGUCUGCCCUUAUCCUUAGAAAGCUUUCUCUGCAAAUAAUAAUUCUUUUACCUUUUGAUGCACUAUAUUUCUAUACAGAAUACUGGGUUAAAAAUGUUUCAUGAAAUUAAUGCUGUGUUAUGUGCCUUGGAUCCAUUAUGGUUAUUUAAAUUAGGGGAAAAGGUUCAUUUUCCUGCAGGCAGCAGUGGUGUUUCUGAAUAGUACUAAAGUAGAUUGUCACUUGAAAGAAGCAGCAAAUUCAAUAGCACUGUAUUUUGGUAGCUUUUCAAUGUCUUACAACUGAUUCUUUUUCAUCUGUGGGGAAGAAAAUGCUGUAUUGAUGAAAAAUAAAUAUAAGUAUUUAAUUAA